ACAUUCACAAAAACAGAUCGACUACCAAACGACAAGGACGAGUAUUUUGGUUCCGGUCGUUCCGGAGUUUCGAAUAGUAAACGUGAUCACUGUGAAGCGUGCAUCAGGCUACCAACACGGCAGCACUAUUAGAUUUAAAUAUUACGAACGUCCAUGACGACCACCGAGUAAACGUACAACAUCGGCCGACUACAAGACAACAGAUAACAACUACAAAACGUUGCACACCACCGUCGACGGCGUGCAAACGGCAUGUUUCAGACUUGAAUUACAAAUUUAAUGAAUAGACUAUUAAUCUGCGCUUGAACAUCAGUAUUCACUAUCACUAUUCAGUCUGACGGCAGUUCAGUGUUCACCAGGUUCGACCACAUGUCCACAUGACACGUGUGUACAUACACAUUACACAUGUUCACUCGUAAUUCAUAUUUAGAACAUGUACUGUACCAUAAUAUUAUAAUAUAAUAAUAUUAAAACUAACAGAACUGAAAAUCUCAUCGAAUCCAUAUCGGCGAUGCUGUAUGUUACAUUUUUGCGGACAAUCUAUUAUCAGCAAUGUCACUGACGGGCGACGGCACAUUCCGUUUUUGAGAAACACGCGUUUUGACCUCAUCCGACUCAUCCUUUCUCGAACCGGUUGCACGAUUGCGGUGCAAAUAGAGAGUGUCACGCGCUAUAUUCGUAAUUUAUAAUAUUUAUAUUUGGCUAAAUAACCUAAUACAUUAAUGACGUGAUAAAUCCAAAGACAAACGAUCCAGAGUUGUUGGUACUCUAUCGAACAAUAAUUAUAGAACUGUCAACACUAAUCGUUCAGUUUUAAUAUUGUUCCCCGUUUUCGGACACUGGCCACGCGGCCUUCCGUUCCACACGGCCCAAGUUUUUUGUAUAACCGCGCCGUGAACAUCACGCUCAUUGAUCGCACACAUCGGUCGCAUUCAUUCCUCAGUCCUCGGCCUUCCCAGGUGUGAGUUGUUUGUUUAGCCGCCGUCAAUAAUUAUCAACACCACGUGAUAACAGCCACGACAGUCUAUUGUUACAGUUACAAUAUUAUAUAUAUAUAUAUAUAUAUAUCACCACGCGCCAUAAACAUCGUGUUAUUUUCAAGUAUUCGCUACGUCAUCCAUCGGUUUCAGAAACUCCAGACGCGUCACUCUCGUCGAAUCGACCACAGAUUAAAUAGUAAUAAUCAUAUUCAUUCAUUAAAUAAUUUGUGACACGACAGUCGGGCCUCUUCCAGAAGUCCAGGACCGCAGUCGAAUCGGUUUGAAAUGUUGUGCCUAAACGAUGAUAGUAAAUUACAAAUGACGCUAAAUAUUAAACUGCAUCGACAAAAACUUCUUAAGUAUUUAGAGAAUACUAAUGAUACUAUUUUAAAACCCAAAAUCAAAUUAGUUUCAAAUAAUUUAGAAAAAUUUAAUUUAAAUCACAAUGUUAAACCAAAAAUUUCACCUAGUACUGAAUUACUGAACUCUAAACUUGAGUCAACCAAAGUUACAAGCUAUAAAACUAGAUCAACCAGUCGAUUAAAACAACUUAAACCUUUAAUAACUACUAAAGAAAAAAAUCUUGAAGAUUUGACUGAUGUGGGUAUAAAAAAAUACAAAACUAGAUCAAGUGCUGUUGAGAAUCAACUUCAACCAAAUAUUAAAAUAAAUACACAAACUGAACUGCCUUUAUCAAAUGUUGAAUCAAAACUAAAACUUAUACCGACCAUUGAAAAAAAAAACCCUGAACCUCCAGAACCUGUCAUAAAAAAACUUAAAGAGCAAUUAAUCGAAGAACUAUAUAAUAGUAGUUCAAGUUCAGAAGAUAACGAUAGUAUUUCUGUUGGAAAUGAAGAAGAUUGGAAUGAAAUUUUUCAAACAAAUGAAAAGAGCGAUAUAUAUGACAAUGACAAUAGCAAUUCAAUUCCUGUUGAAGCAGUUAAAUAUUAUGGACACAAACAACUGGUCAAUGAAAAACACGAAGAUGAAUAUUUGUAUGACAGUUAUGAUAGUAAUAUCCUUGAUGAAUUUGAUGUCAACUACCCAACCAUCAAAAAGAGAACUCGGACUAAAAAAAUGGUGAAUUUAGCAAAAUUUCAACAUCAAAUUGGUAGACCUAAACAGAGGUUUAGAAAACCCCUAGAUAGGUCUAUACAUAAUGCCAAAGAACGAGCAUGUCGAGAACGCAUAGCUAAAAAGUUUGAAAUUCUAAGAAAAUCUUGUAGUUAUUUGAAUACAAAUAGACGUGUGCCAUCAAAACAUAGCAUACUAUUGGCUGCUAAAAAAGAAUGUGAUUUGUUAAGACAUUUUGAGAUUAAAUUGCUUGCAGAAAAAAAAAUAUGGCGAAAAGCAAAUGAUAUUCUGAAGGAUAGGUUAGCUAAUAUGUAAAACAAAACCGAUGAGGACACAAAAAACACAUCUAAACUAAUUUUGGCCGGACAAACCAGGGAAAUAUUGUGGUAAUUUUAUAAAAGUAUAUUUUACACUAUAAACUGUG